GGCGCAUCGCCUCGCGCCCCGCCCCCCCCCCCCCCCGGUCUCCCCCCGCGGCACCGGCACCGGCACCGGCACCGGCUCCGGCUCGGUUCGGCUCGGCCCCGCCAUGGAGGCGCUGCGGGCGGCGGGACGGGCCGUGCUGCGGAGCCCGCGCCUCGCCCGGCACGGCCUGGGGCUCCGCCGGCGGCGCAAGCUGCCCGAGAGCUGGGCCGAUAUGCAGGAGCCGCUGCUCGAGGGGAUGUGCUUCACGCUCAAGUACCUGGGCAUGACGCUGGUGGAGAAGCCUAAAGGAGAGGACAUGGCCGCUGCUGCCAUCCGCCGGAUCGUCGCCAUGGCGCGGGGGGGAGCCAGGAAGUUCCAGAAGGUGAUUCUGACCGUGUCGCCGAGGGGCAUUUCGCUGCAGGACGCGGAGACCAAAGAGGUGGUGGAGAACAUCUCGAUCUACAGGAUCUCCUACUGCACGACGGACAAGCUGCAGAACAAGGUCUUUGCUUAUGUUGCCCAGAGCCAGGAGAGCGGGGCCCUGGAGUGCCAUGCCUUCCUCUCGCCCAAGAAGAAGAUCGCCCAGGCUGUGACUCUGACUGUGGCCCAGGCCUUCCAGAUGGCGCUGGAUCUCUGGGAAGCAGCACAUACAGGCUCUAGGCAGGAACAGCCCCUUCACCCUUCCUGUGCUUUGGAGAGCAGUGAGCCUGGCAGAGCAAGUGAGCCAGCCCCCCCGGGGAGCCCUCCCUUCAGACACCACUUUGGGGAGGAGGAAGAGGAGGAGGAGGAGGAAGAUGACAACCUGGAUGAAGCUUUAUCCGGCUGCAUGGAGGAGCUGGGCGGGGGCCCCCACAGCCCAGCAGCGUCGGUGCCUCCCGCGCCUGCAGCGAGCUCGCCUGCCACGCAGCUCCCGCUCCCGCUGCGCUGGCCCCGCCUGGGACACCCCCCAGACAGCCGGAGGCAGCUGGGAGGGGUCGGAGCCCCCCCGUCACCCGGCCCCAGCAGCGCCAGCCCCGCGGCCCCUCUGGGCUGAGCCGAGUCUCCGCAGCGGUGGAGCAGCACUCAGGAUUCACCCUGUGCCUGUGCCUGCGCCUGCGCCUGCCCCUGCUCCCCGCGCUGCCCCGACCCGCCGCUUCCCCCUCGCUCCUCGGGGUGACUGCGGGGCCCGGCCGAGGCGCCGCGGCCCUCGGGGA